AUGUCCGCACCUAUCUCGUCAUCUGGUGAUCCUGUUUCCCAGUCCGCACAUCCUCGCCAACUUCACAAGACACCCCACAUCAAAGCUCGCACAUCUAUCGGUCGACCUUACCCUAUUCCAGGGAUCGGUCCUCGAAAACCUGGAUGGUCCUCGUCAGACUUUGUCACGCCCGAUCGUACGCUCAACCGGUUGACGCCAGUCAUAACAGGAUCAGGCAGAAGUAGCAGCUUGGCUAUCGUGGUGGACUCUGAAUCAGAAAAGGAGCGAGAGGCCGAGACGAGUCAGCAGCAGCCGCCUUUGACGAGAAGAACGCGUGGGGAAGGGGCAAGGCGGGUCGAUAAGGGCAGGAGGACAAGCCCUGAUCAAGUCAGCAGCAGGAGAAGGGAGAUCGCUUCCAACCAGGGAGGUCGAAAGGCUCGUGCUUGGACCCGUGAGGAAGUGAGAGCAUUAUGGGACACGAUGUUUAUCGUACCGACCCGGAUCGAUUGGGAAAAGGUAUCUGCACGUGUACCACAGAGAGACAAGCUGAGCUGCAGCAACAAGUGGCGAUACGAUCUCUUACCCAAAGUCCAAGCUUUCAUCGAUUCUCUCGGAGACUAG